AUGAUAAUAUUAAAAGUGUUAAAAAGAACCCCACAAACGRAGGAUUGUAAUAAUUAUUUUACAUAUUUGACUUAUAUUAAAUCAUUAUAUGAAAAAUAUUAUAAGGAUCAUUGUCCUAUUGUUUGGCCUUUUUCUUCUGAACCUGAUUAUUUUAGUUGCACAAGUGCUUAUAACCCAAAGGAUUUUUUAUCCACAGCAGAAAAAUGUAAAGCUAAAGAAAAUGGAGGUGGUAGCGGCUCAUUUUGGGGAAUUUUUUUGGGUAGUUCAUCAUCUGGAACAUCUUCAAAUAGAAGUGGAACAUCAAUUCAAGCGCCCGCAAGGGCUGCAACUUCAGAAGCUAAAGUGCCUGGAAAUGCUAAAAAUUCAUCACCUGGUGGUUUACCAGAGAAUAAAGGUGUAAAGGGAGCAACAGGGGGUGCAGCAGCUGGGAAUGUAUCAAAAGGUUUAUCAAGUUCAACAAGUACAGUAACUUCAGGAGGUUCAACACGUCCGGGUGCUGAAGCGUCAGUGCGUGAUAAUGUAUUAUCUAGAGGAGGAUUACUUGGACAGGCAGUCCCUACAAAUCCUAAAGGAGCUCUUAGUCCUCCGCCAAAAGAGGGCCCUGGGCACAGUAUGAAUGCAGUUCCACYUUAUACUUCAGACAGUGGAAGAGGUAUGCAGCCUGCUCUCCCGGCUGAUUCCCCUAGUACUUUGGAAAGUGUACCUGAUAAUGUGGAUUCAAAAUUUUAUCGUAACAUCAUCAUGGGGGUAGCAAUAAUUGGAACGAUUUUCUUCCUUAUCUAUUACAACAUGUCUUCUAGAUUAAAAUCGAGAUUUCCCAAAAGGAAACGGAAAAAAAAGAUAUUUGAACAUAAUUACUACGAAGAGUAUGAAAAGGAGUUAGCUAGGUAUGAAUCAGAAAAUGAAUCUUUAGAUUCUCAAUCGGAUCGAUAUUAUUUAAAUUAUCAACCUGAAGGAGAUUAUUAUUACUAA